GAACAAGAAAGUCGUUGAUUAUUCUCAGUUUGGGGAUUUGGACGAUGAUGAUGAAGACUUUGCACCUUCAAGCAAAAAGUCCAGAACACAGCUCAAGGAACCAAAGAAGGAGAAAAAAGAGAAGCAAAAAAAGCCACGCAAAGAAGUGACUCCAUCACAAACACAGACACUUAGUAAGAAUAUUGAACCAGAAAAGAUACAGAGGAGACCCUGUUUUUCCAACUGCAGUGUAGACAGUGAACUUCUAGGUCUCGAUCGGGUUAUGGAUGAAGACAUGCCCAGGGGUGAUGGUAGGCAAAAAGCAGCAGUGUCCAAAGUUCCAGCACAUCAGAAGAAGUUACUGACAGUUGACAGUGAUGACAGAGAGCAUGAUACUGACUCUGAGCCAGAGUCUGUGCCCACAUCACCUGUAGUUUCUCCGUUGCGGAUAACGGAACAACAGUCUGAGCCAAGGCAAAAAGUGAUGUCCAGUUCCUUGGAACCAGCUGGGAGCCCUCUACAUGCAUCAAGUCCUGUAACAGACAGAAAGCCUAAAUGGAUACCACCAGCUGCAUCAGGAAGCAGUAAUGCCUCUGUGAAAAAUGCUUCUGUUAAGUCACCUACUCACUGCCUUAGACUCGGCCUCUCCAGACUAGCAAGAGUCAAACCACUGCAUCCCAGUGCUACCAGCAGUUAAACAGACAGUGACAAGGAGCCAUGGGAAGGAGGAGCCUGUGGAAAGUGUGUUGUUUAU